AUGGCUGAAACCAUGCACGAAAAACUGCUUGAUCUGGCAGAAAACUGUUUACCCCUAAGGACCCCUCUAGGACCCUCAGGAGCCCCUCUGUGGCCCUCAUCCGUUGUUUGGAUUUUGAACCCUGGAUCGUCAUCGGACAACCCUCAGGACCCUUGGAACUGUCGUUGGACCCUCAGAAUCGCCUCAGGGACCUUGGAUCGCGCCCAGGAGCCUUUGGACGCAGCCCAGAAGACCCCUAGCCCUCCUGCUGCCGCUCGGAACGCGCCUAGAAUCCCUAGGACUUCACCCAGAGGCCCCCAGACCGUCCAAUCCCACCGGAUCGUUGUCGGGCAACCUCAAAAGGCCCCAGAGACCCCUAGACGCCCCGAAGUGCCCCAACGCUCCAAAGCGCUUCUGCAAACCCUGGACGCCAACAGAAGCCCCAGAGAGGCCUUGAAGCCCCCAGCAACCCCCUAG